AUGCCAAAUAUUAAUAAUUGGGUUGUAUUACACAAAUUGCGGCCCAAUUUUGUGGCCACAAUAAAACUUGUCUGUAUUUUUGGUGAAUCGGGUAAUGAGGUUAUAAUAGUGACUAAAGAUGAUAACGUUUUUGCAUUUGGUUAUAACAAGUACGGGUGUCUGGGUUUGGGUCACAACAAUCCCAUCCAAGAGCCCACCCGUCUCGAGGAGUUGUGUUAUAAAGAGAUCGCAAGUAUUGCUUAUUGUGGGUAUUAUGUGAUCGCCUUUACUGCUAAUGGAGACAUAUAUUCGUGGGGUUAUAAUAAUAAUGGAGAGUUAGGUAUCGGCACAACAGUCAACAGCAAUCGACCCAAUCUUAUUGAUGGUUUAGUUGGCAAACGAAUUGUCGAUAUCAGCUGUGGUUACGAUCAUUCGUUAGCUCUGACAGCUACUGGGGAUGUCUAUUCUUGGGGCGAUAAUAGUUAUGGACAGUUAGGUAAUGGAAACAACUUUGAUAUCCAAUCAGUACCUCAUAAAGUCAAGGGGUUUGAUAGCCAAGAGGUGAUUCAGAUAUCGUGCGGCUAUUAUCACUCAAUGGCAAUCACCAAAGCUGGUCACGUAUAUGGAUGGGGAUAUAAUAGUGAGGGCGAACUAGGAUUGGGUAACGAUAUUAGCCAAACAAUUCCCACAAAAAUUAAUAUAAUGAAUGGCGUAAUCAUUAAUAAAGUGGUUUGUGGUCAGUAUCACAGUCUGUUACUGUCAACCGAUGGUGACAUAUAUGCUUUUGGGUGCAACCAAUUCGGUCAAAUAGGUAACGGUAACAAAAUGAAUCAGAACUUCCCGUAUAAGAUCAUUACUGGUAAUAAGUUUUCAGACAUCGGUUCUCAUCCAUUAAGCAGUAUAUCAGUUGCCGGCAGUCAAACCACUGGAAGCUGUUAUGUUUGGGGCGAUUGCGAACCCGAAGCUAUAACUGUUCCCCGAGAGACACCACUUCAAUCGCUUCACGAUAUCUUCUCAUUUUACUCCAAACGGAAGAUCACAUACAAACCCAUCCAUUUUGAUGAGCGACCGUCGGUUAACCCGCUGGUCGAUUGUAUGAGAAAAGCAUUCAAUGAAAUAGAGUCAAGUGAUUUCAGAUUCAAAAUUAACAACAAAUUCAUUUACGCUCACAAAGCUAUACUAAGGAUCCGUUGCGAACACUUUCGGUCCAUGUUUUCCGAGCACUGGUCAGAGGCCGAGACGUCCGAAAUCGAAAUUAAUAUUUUUUCGUAUAACGUGUUUUACUCUUUCAUAAAAUACAUUUACACUAAUACUGUUGAAAUCCGAUUGGACGACGCCGUCGAGCUCUACGAUUUGGCCAACUCUUACUGUGAGGACGACCUCAAAGAGAAAUGCGCGCAAAUCAUCAAAAAUCAAAUAUCAGUUCAAAAUGCAAUCACUUUGUAUGCCUCAGCGGUUAAGUAUAACUCUCAAGAGUUAGAAACGUUUUGCGUGAAGUUUGCGGCUAAUAAUUUGAAUGACGUUUGUAUGACUACUGCUUUCGAUGAAAUUGAACCAAAUCUUUGUAAACGAUUUAUGAAAACUUCGGCAAAAUUCAGAGCUUUUAAAUAAAUAAUAA